UGAGUUGAAGAUAGCUCUGCCUAACUGCAAAAUACAGUUUCCCCCCUUUACAGAUGUACAGGAGGAAAUUGAUUGAUCGAUCGAUUUAUUGAUCAAUCAGUGUUUGAGAGAUGACAGGAUUGAUUGAUUGGAUUUUAUAAAUCAAAUAUUUGAUCGAUCAAAAUAAUUGGCUAAUUUACAUGCUGAUCAAUUUAGAUCGAUUUUAUCAUAUUUAUGUGAUCAAUCUAAAUUUUACUGAUCUAAUCAAGUAAAGUAUCAAUUAUUUAUCUGUAAAUCCAGUAAAUUACUAAAAAUGUCCAUUUUGGCGAAUCAAGCUAAGAAACUGUGAUAUAUGAAAAGAUCCCAAAAAAAAUUUAUUUUUAUUUUUUGUUUAAAUUUUAUCCAUUCAUCCAAUUGUUCAAAAUUUUUAUUUGAUAUAUAAUUAAGAUGAUAAGAUACCCAAUAUUGCUCAAAAAUUGUUGAGUUUAAGUUUCUACUUUAAGAAAUUAUCAUAAAAUUUGCUAAUAUGCAUAAACGUUCAUUCAUCAAAAAAAGAUAUUUUACAAAAACAAAUAAUUUUAAAUUUCAAUUCAGUUUUUGCGUUUUUAUCUUUUCUAGAUAAAAGUUGAACAGUUAAAUGUAAUUAAACUUUAAGUUUGAAGAAUCAAGAUGCAGUGCAAACGUUUUAAAUGUUUUAUAAUCAAUUUCUAGCUCUCUACAGAAGCUACUAUAGGGCCAUAAGUGUAUAUUUUUCCUUGCUAUAAAAAUAUUUUUUUGCGCGGAGGGAUUAAUUUUUUUAUUUUUUUUUUUAUUUGAACAUCUCAGAGGAUACGAUCAGAAAGGAAAAUUAGAUUAAUUUCUGGGUUAAAAGUUUUAUAAAGGGGAAUAAAGUUUUCCAGUCCAAUUUUGUAUUAUUCUUUAUCAAAUCUUGAAAAAAGGGGGAGGGGGGCGGGGUGAAUUUAUACCCCCUGAACAAACGUUGAUCUCCUGUCUACUUCUCAUCUGUAGAUUUAUUAUUUGUCAGAAUCUGAUGAUUACACAGAUAGAGAUGUCACAGUUGCACUAGUUCACAGUCGUUGUGCUGAUUUGUGCUUAUUUGUGUUCCUUUGUGCUUCUUUGUGCACCUUUGUGCACUUUUGUGCUUAAUUGUGCUCCUUUAGGUUCAUAAGGGCUCCUUUGUGCUCAUUUGUGCUCAAUUGUGCUCAUUUGGGCUCAAUUGUGCUCGCUCACUUGGGCUCAUUUAUGCUUAAUUUUGUUUAUUUGUGCUCCUUAAUGCACCUUUGUGCACCUUUGUACUCAUUUCUGCUUAUUUGUGCUGGAUAACUUUGGCUGCUUUUUGCCUCGACACCAGUGAAGUUUAAAAAUGUGGGAAUAGUGAGAAGUAGUCGAACUAGGAAUGGAUAGUUGAAAUAAUUGUCCGCAAGUGCACUAUUUAAGUAGUUCAGCCAGUCAUGCCUAGUUCAACUACAUCUUACUUAGGUAAUUCCGACUUUAGGUUAAAAAGCGCGUUUUUAGGUAAUCAAGUACAACGGCUCCAUGAUCUAUAAUUCAAUUAUGACAUCUAGAUCCUACUGUGUGUAUAUAUAUAUAUAUAUAUUUCAGAUAGAUAGAUAGAUAGAUAGGAUGGGUGGAGGGGGGAGUAAGUCAGAAUCUUUUAAUCUAGAAGUCCUAACACAAAAGCUAGGUGGCGGGGAGUUUAAGAAUAUAGUUAUUAUGUGCGGGGCCGGUAUUUCAACGAAUGCGGGAAUACCCGACUUCCGGUCGCCAAGCGCAGGUCUAUAUAUGACCUUGAGAAGCUAUGACCUUCCCUACCCUGAAGCAGUUUUCGAGGGUCGUUACUUCAAUCAGGAUCCUAAACCUUUCUACACUCUAGGCAAAACAAAUUUAAUAUCCAAAAAACUUUGUAAAUACUACCUUUGUUAUCCCUGGGUUCGCUCAAUAAAUGUCAGCCCAUUCGAUCCAGCUGUUUGGUCGGCAAUAGGGAAUGUCUUGCUUUAUUAUUUAGAUACAACCUUAAGAAAUAAGAAACACAUGAUUGGUUGGUCGGUUGGAGCCCUUGAAUACCUGGCGGGGGUUCCGCAGGAGAAGAUCGUAGAGGCACAUGGUAGCUUCAGGACCGCGUACUGUGUUAGCUGCAAGGAAACAUAUGACUUGAGAUGGUUAAAGCAGGAGAUCUUUCAUCCUUCUUCAACGGACGGGGUUCCACACUGCUCAGCCUGUAAACAAGGAGUUGUAAGACCAGAUGUUGUUCUAUUUGGAGAACCCCUUUCCAACAGGUUUUAUGAGAAUAUUGAUUCAGACUUCAAUGCAUGUGAUUUACUUCUAGUGUUUGGAACAUCUCUAGUUGUGAGUCCGUUUAAUCAACUUGUGGGGAAACCUGGUUCAUCUGUUCCCAGAGUUUACAUCAACAAGACUAAACCAGGAGCAGCGACUAGUAUGUUAGCUUGGAUGAUGAGAAUGGGAGCCAACAUUGAAUUUUCCCGUCCUUCAGAUCUAAUUCUGCUGGGAGACUGUGAUAAACAGGGGUUAACGAUCAAUAUACCAGGAGUUUAA